CCCCUGUCUCUAGCCCCCGCCCCCCGGCUCCGCGAGGUCGUUCCGUGCCCCGCGCCGGGUCCUCGUUGAUUCGCUGAGCGGCCGCUCAGAGCCAAGGGGGCGGGGCGAUGGAGGUCGGAGUGGGAUUCACAUUCGCUUGGCUCAUCGCGAAUACGACGACGAUGAUGAUGCUGAUGAUGAUGAUGCUGCUGCUGCUGCUGCCUCUAGCAGCACCCUCACGGGCACAAGAGUGCGACCUGGUGCAGCAGGUCCGCUCGGCGCCACUCCGAGAUGUCAUCCUUCCGUGCCACGGGCGCCCUCCGGCGGCCCCAGCGUUGGGCCCAGCGUUGGGCCCAGCGUUGUUGGGCCCCUGCUCCGUCGCCUCGGUGGCCUGGUACAGGCUGACGCCGCCGGCCGGGCGGAUCCUGGUCCUCCAUCGCGCGGGGCCCUCCCCGCCGCUCAACGCCUCUGGGGCCCCCGUCCCCGCCAGGGAGCCUCCGGCGGCCCUGGCGGCCGACGGAGCCUCGCUGCUGCUGUCGGCCGCGGCCGCCGCCGACGGAGGCCGCUAUCGCUGCGCCCGCCGGCUGCGGUGCGCGAGCCGGGCGGUGUUCCGGUGCGACGAGGUGUCGCUGGUCGUCACCGAACGUGUGGAUGGCUACGGGCUACGUGAGUCAACAACAUCAACAACAUCAACAACAGCAGCAGCAUCAACAACUGGAAAAUGUAUUCCUUAG